GAAGGAUGGCGGAGGAGGAGGAGGAGGAGGCAGCUCGAGCACGACGAGAGGAUGGAGCAGCGGAUUGUAGAGCUCGCGUGGCGUGGAGAAAUGGACGAGGUCGACGGGAAUUUGCGGUGUUAAUUGGGUAGAGGAUUGUGUCUGAGUCAAUUGUCACUGCGAUGGAUUUUGCCGGACAAGAGCAGGGUGCAGUAGGAGCGAAGGUUCGUGAGAUGCAGACUGGUUGCUGGGUGGAGGAUGAGGACUCGGAUACUUUGCAAGAGCAAACUCAGGCAGUGUGCGAGGAGUUGCGAGUUUGUGGGGCUAGCACCACGUUGGCCUUGGCAAGGUUAUUGGGUUUUGAGAAGUCUUCUGCCAUAAGCCCCUUGAUGUCACUUCUGUCAGAAAAGAAUGUGGUUGUGAGGGUGAGUGACUUUCCUCCCAUCUGGUCUCUGUCACCUUCAUUUCCUAUGAGCCCACUCUUCCGCAGUCAUGAAGUUUCUUUAAGUCCUCAGCCUCGUUCUCCUGUCUUAUUCUCUCGAGGCAGUACUCCACUCCAGUGUAGACCACCUAGUCGUGCUCCAUUUCCAGCACCAAUGUCCGCUCCCCCUUCAGUUACUUCGGGUCUAACUCCAACUGCAGGCGCAAUCCCCAUGUCUUUUCCAAAAGCAGCUACCCCGGAUGCUUCUCAAGUUUAUACUCCUGAGUUUUUUGGUUACCGAACUGCUUUCAUAUAUGAAGAUCAUGUUCCUGUUCCUGAAGAAGGGUCCGGGAAAGAAGUUGCUGAGGCUGUGGAACGGACGUCUCCGUUAACUCCUUUGCCUGAGAAUGUUCUCAGAUCAGCGUUCGCAAUUAAGGAGAAAUCGCGUCCUGCGAAAAUCGAGACGGAAAUUCGGGAUUGCACAGAUCAUCGUCCUGCGAAAACGCCCAUGCCUGCCUUCACAUCCAAAGAGCAUAUAAUUCCCAAUCCGCCUUGUCCAGUCGUUGAGGGAAGUUCCAGACAAAUCCAGAACCACGAAUCUGCUCUGGAAAAUGGUCAAGCUCAUCGACGGACUCGACGGCAAAUUGAAAAGGAACUCCAAGGGUCGAAUGCCUUUCACAAGAAACGGAAGUCGGAUGAGCAUCUCACUGCGUUGCAACUGCGCAUUUUAUCCUUACUCAAGGAGAUGGGACCCAUGAAAACUCUUCAUCUGAGCAAGAAACUGGGACUUGUGACCUCUCGUGAUGUAAAUCCCUCAUUGUAUGAUCUGAGGCAUAAAAACUUUCUGGUCAAGAUCAAUGAUGCGCCAGUUGUUUGGCAGCUCCAAGAACCUGGACUAUGCAAGCUUGAACGUGAACAAGAUGAAGAUUUUUAUGACGACGGAGAGAGUACGAGGUGUUUGUGAGCCUGCCUGACAUCUUCGACUUCAGAUUCGGCAGUGAAGCUGUGUAUAAUUUCACGAACUUCGUAUUUACUCUUCAAAGACCGAUUAAUUAUGAAAUCAGACAUUUACAUCAUGUUUCUGAAAAAACAUAUUGUUGACAACCCAUUGUCUGAUCUUACAUCGUUAUUCUGAGUUUUCCAUAUAGAGCGAGUGUAAACUAGUUACUCUUAUUCCUGAACGAGGAAAAGCAGUGGAGAAUUUGAUCAGCUGACCAUUAGAAGAGCAGAUGAUGAUGAGCAUAUAAAAUUAGAUUAGUUGUGGAUAAUAUGAUCAAUAUAAUAAAUAUGAACAAAAUAAUC